GUAGAAGGAGUAAAAACCCUAUUGGCAAAGCCAAUAGCACCGACUCUGGUCUUCUGUCUCCGGAGAUUUCCAGAAAGAGGCGCAAUGAUUCUAUAUAAACCCUAAAAAUUAAAAACAUAAAUUAAAAAAUAAAAUAAAUCAGCUCUGUAAUAGAAGAAGAUGGCACCUCAAUUGGGAGUAGCAGCAGGAGCCUGUGUCCACUCUUCUCUUCUACGUUUUCCUUUCAGGAAUAGGGAUUUGAUUCCAGAAAGAUGCAACACUUCAAUCUCCAUGAAAAAAAGUCAUGCAGUCAUGGCUUUUGCAGGCAAUUCUCUGGGAAAAUCACCUACACAACUCACUGCUGUUUCAUCUCCACUAUUUACUGAUAAUCAGGCUCGCCCCUCACUCAGAGUUCCUAUGUCUCAAAGAUGCAAUUCUAAGAUCCGUGCACAAGCAUUUAUAUAUCAUUCAUCUGGCUUCCGACUGCCUGCAAAUGCUGAGAAGCCAGAAUGGUGGUGGAGGACGUUAUGCUGUAUUCCCUAUCUAGUGGCAUUGCAGAUGUCUGCAACUGGGUUUUAUUUGGAACCUUUACUUCAAAAAUUCCCCUUCUUUGAAAAUUUGAUUUUUUAUAUACCGGGAGCUGUUAACAGAUUACCAAACUGGUUCCCUAUAUUAUAUUGCUAUUUGGCUAUUGUGGGAGUGGUAAAAAAUAAGGACUUGCCCAUUCUUUUCAGAUUCCAUGUAAUGAUGGGAAUGCUUUUGGAAAUUGCUUUGCAGAUACUAUGGGUUUCAAGCAAUUUCAUGCCACUUAUACACUUCAAGGGAACGUUUGGGAUCUAUUACUGGGCUGGUGUGGCGUUGGCAUAUAUUCUCGUAGUGAUGCAGUGCAUAAAGUGUGCGCUUCUGGGUACGUUUGUGAAUAUCCCUGUUGUUAGUGAAUCAGCUUUCGUUCAUUCUCUAUUCGGUUUAGGAGGAUUCCAGCGGCCUUUUUAGGAAGUGAUCGAGAGUAUAUGUAAUUUACAUGUGGUUUUGCAGUGAAAGGAGUAAUUGUCUCUUUUGUUUGUAGUUGACUUCUUAUAAUUACCAUAUAAUGAGAUAAGGGAUAUCAUGAGUUUCUGAUUGAGAUUCCAGUUGUUUCAUUUGUUUGUUAUGGUCUUUCCCUGCCAUGCUUA